CACUCGGUUAUAAAAGUUCAUUGUAUAGCAUCAUUGUUAUUCCUCUGCCUUCGAUUAAAAUAAAAAAUUCAUCUUCGUUCUGAUUGAGAAAUGAGUAAUUUUGUUUUAUAACAUUCGAGUUUUUCGCUUUUUCUGUGGAUAUAUGAAAUGAAGUUUGCCAAAAAGCCACAAUUAAUUAAAGUUUAAUAAUAGAAAAACGCAAUAAUAGUGAAAAAACGGUUGAUAGAUAUUAAGGAAAAUAGAAAAAAAAAAAUCGAAAAGACAAAUAAAAGAAGAGAAGUAAACCUAUGCAUGACUGCAGUGAAUUCCAAGUAAAAAAAAGUGUGGCAGCGGCUGUGAGGAAACGUAGAAGAAAUCUAAAUUGUUGUGGCGGCGGUGUGUGUGACGUGUAAAUCCAAGUGUUUGCCAAGGUUUGCAUUACAACUGAUGAUGUUGAUGAUAAAUUUUUUCAAUUGAACUCCAUUGAUGCAUCAUUGUCGUUGUCGAAAUGGGGAAACUACUUUCAAAAAUUUUUGGUAACAAAGAAAUGCGCAUUUUAAUGUUGGGACUGGAUGCAGCAGGCAAAACAACAAUUUUAUACAAAUUAAAAUUAGGUCAAUCUGUAACAACAAUACCCACUGUGGGGUUCAAUGUAGAAACAGUCACCUAUAAAAAUGUCAAAUUCAAUGUCUGGGAUGUUGGUGGACAAGAUAAGAUAAGGCCAUUAUGGCGGCAUUAUUAUACCGGCACACAAGGUCUAAUAUUUGUAGUGGAUUGUGCAGAUCGGGAUCGUAUUGACGAGGCUCGGACAGAACUACAUCGAAUUAUAAAUGAUAGAGAAAUGAGAGAUGCCAUUAUAUUAAUAUUUGCUAAUAAACAAGAUUUAGCGGAUGCAAUGAAACCUCAUGAGAUUCAAGAAAAAUUAGGCUUAACUAGAAUACGAGAUCGCAACUGGUAUGUGCAACCUUCCUGUGCAACAACUGGUGAUGGCUUAUAUGAAGGCCUUACGUGGCUUACCUCCAAUCAUAAGUUAUGAGAAUAAUUUAAUUGAAACUCAAAAAUAAACAAAACAAAAUAUAUAUUAACCCCCGAUAAAAAAAUCACACAACAAUAUUUAUUGUAUGCAAAUUUUAUUUGAAUUUAAACAAAAGGAGAAAUUCUUGAAAGAAAAAUACAUCUUAACAGAAAAUACAAAAAAGAAAAUCAAAUCUUAAUUAUUAUUUAACAAAAUUCAAGUAAAACAAUUUAGUGAAAACAAAAUAAAAUUAAUAAAUUUAUAAUAAUCCAACACGAAAGAAACAAAGGAAUUCUAAAAAUACCACAAACAUGUUUUUUUAGCAUUUAAGAUAUAUUUGUAAAAUAUUAUUAAAAAAAAAAAAAAACAAAACAAAACGAAAUCACUUAC